ACUGUAAAGCACGACAUCAUCUGUUGUAUAUACAGCCCGCUGUGCUUUUCUUCUGAGUUUCUGACAUGGUUCGUAAUAUUGUAUUUGUAGUGUUGUUGGUGAGUCUACUGAUUAAGUGCUUCAGCAGCGACUCUGAUGAGUAUUACUGCCCACGAGAGGAAGUUUUAAUCGGGAAGCAGUGCUACAAAAACAUGAAAUCUGCGGUUAUGUAUAAAAAUGAUGCAGAGAAACAUUGUCAGUCUCUGAACAAAGAGUUACCAGAUUCAACACUGGAACAGAACAAAUUAUCAGGUUGGUUGAAGAACACUAUCGCAACAAGAGGAGAUGUUAAAGACAAGUACUGUGUGUACUCUUACACCAACCCUCUCGGCCUCGCCUCGCCUGAUAACCCCCUUUUUAACAUAGCUCCCUGUUCCAGGAAACUUCAUGUUUUGUGUUCUAAGAAACUCCAAAACGGUAAAGCGUGUGAAAGUGGUUGGGUUGAGGCAAUAAGAAACACAUACAAGUAUUGCGUGAGACCCUCUAAGGAAACCAGCGCUGCUGCAGACACAUUCGCCAAAGAUAUCUGUCCCAAAGAUAGCUCCAUCUUUCGGUUCAACUAUGGAGACGAUGAAGAUCAAUUGACCUACGGAAACGUUGUUGACACUGAUACAAACUUGAUGCAACCUUUCUGGACCCCUUUCUACGUAACGGAAGACAAAACUAUCGACUGGUUCACUAAAGAAGAGGCCACACAUUUUAAAACUUGUUUAUACAAGACAGGGAACUUGCACGUGACGAUGGUGUCAUGUGAUACAAUAAAACAGUUCCACUGUCAGUCCCCUGCUAAGGAGAUACCACACGACGAUACAAUAGAUCCAGACCCGUACCAUCCAGAUAAUGAUUACACGUGCGAUACAAUUGGGGACACUCUCUGUGAGAACAAAUGCUACAAACACUGGAGAUCAUACAAGACACAAUUCGAGGCUGAGAAGAACUGUACAUCAAGUGGCUACAAGCUUACCGCUCAAAGUGUGCCAUGUCUUGGGUAUACCACCGGUUGGGUACACGGUAGUUUUGGGGAUGGUAGCCUCAGUACCAACAGUACCCUGCAUCUCAACGUGAACUACUGUGUUUACCUACACGAGGGUGAGACUAAACUAGCUGACUGCAGGACGAGGGCCAAAGCUCUGCACACAGUACAACUAGAAAAAGGAGGGAGUGACUCCUGUCCGGACUCCUUCCACCAAUGUGAAGAUAAAUCCGUCUGUGUGGGAUCCUCUGGAGACAAGAUAACGUGGAGUGAUGCAGUUAACAUCGUGCCCCGUGACCGGAGGAGGCUGCUACAAACUGGAUCGGUGUUAAAAGAUUGUAGUAAAACUAUCAAAGAUAAGCUAAAAGAACCACUUUGGGUGGGAGCUGCUUUGUCAGAAGGGGGCGUGGUCGAGUUUAACAACGGAGAAGAAAUAACGAUAAAAUCUAAAAAGCAAUGCUUAAAGAUAAUAGGAGGGAAGCUUGUAACAGCGGACUGUAAUACUAUGAUGUAUUUCACUUGUGAGAAAUUGGCUAAAGAAUCAGGCAAGAAAUCUGAGUCAUCAUCCAGUUCCGCGAUAGUAAUAGCCCUAGUUGUGGGACCUAUGCUUAUAAUUGGGGUGGUUCUCCUUCUUAUCUAUCGGAAGAAGGGAAAAGAGAUGUGUAUGAGCAGAAGCUCAGUAAAGGAAGUGGAUCUCACUAACAAUGGACUAACUCUGACGAACCCUCUCCCCGUGGAGACGGGAGACAGGUACGAUGUAGAGAGCAAGGCAGACACUUCUGAUAAGAAGAAUACUGCAGAUCACGAGUUGUACUCGGAGGUGGAGAUAUAGUUGUGUUUUAGUUGAGUAGAUACUUUAAAUUAGAGAUAUUGAGUUCUAUUUGGGAUUACUGUUGUUAAACGUUCUAAUCUAGAUAAAGUACAAUAUUGUUAUCUGACAA